AUGGCAGCGCUCCCAACCCCGUUCUACUGCCUCUGGCAGAGGGAACACGCAGAACUAGGCUCCAAGGUCCUCGACCUCCUCCCCAAACGCGACCUCGCCGCCCUCCGCCUCGCCAGCUCGGCCUGCUGCAACAUUGCAACGAAAACCCUCUUCAAGCGCGUCCGCGUCACCUUCUCCGCAAACACCUUCACAAAGCAAUCCCGCGUCCAGGCCCUCGCCCGCGUAGGCCACCACAUUGAGCACCUUCACUUCCACUUCGCCCACACGGAAGCCACCUUCCUCCCGCCCCUCGUCCACCCGACCACCGGCCGCGAGAUCAGCUUCCUCUACACCCCGCACACGAGCAUGGCCUCCGUCCUCGCGAGACCCAAAUACGCCAACACGGAGCUCGGCGAGAUCCUCACCCAGCAGUAUCCCCCGCUCUUCCACGCCGCGACCAACGUGCCCAGCUUCAUCAACGCCCUGCGCCACCUCACAAACGUCCGCCACCUCACCAUCCGCUGCCCCGGGCAGGACCCGCAGGAGCGCUAUCGCAGAGACAUUGUCGACUACGCCAUCAUGUCGCUCCGCAUCGCCGUCGAGCGCGCGCCCCUCGAGCAGCUCGAGAAGCUCUCCCUCUCGGGAAUGCAUCCCUCCGCCUUCAACUAUCUCCGCCACGUCCCCGGCUUCGGCGCCGUGCCCUCCGCCGGCCGAAGAUGGAAGCAGAUCCGCAAGCUCAACAUCUCUGUCGAGGCCUGGGACUUUUACGGGCCCUCACCGGGCCUCGACCACCUAAAGAUCAUGGACGACUACAUCCGCCAGUUCUCCGGCACCCUCGAAAAGCUCCACUUCACCUGGCUCGGUCCCAAGGGCCCCUGCCCCAUCGCCCUCUCGGCGGACCCCCUUUUCGCGCCGCCGAAGCAUAGUCAGAAGCUCUUCGCCGAGGUGACUUCGCCCAUGUCGCCCCUCCCGCCGGCGCCGGCCCGUAAGCCCAUGCAUUUCCCCCGCCUGCGGUAUAUGCAGGUCCGCAACGCGACCAUGACGGCCGGCCAGCUCUCGGACCUGGUCAACGCGCACCAGAAGACGGUUAAGGAGUACGACUUUGACAACGUCGUGCUCAUCAACGGCGGCGACUGGGAAGAGGCCCUCGCGCCGCUCAUGGAAAAGAGCACUGCCGGUAGCGGCAGCGGCAGCGACAUCUGGUCACAGCACUCACGGAGCAACUCCGAGGCUGGCAGUCUGCACUCGGAGCCGGAACCGUAUCAUGACGAUGACGAUCUGCCCUCGCCGUCCGCCGCGGCCGCCGCUGCCACUCGGGAACUACUCGACUUUGACCUCGGCAGCGAAUUAUACGUUGACGAAGAACUAUUCGAUCCAUACGACGGCCUGGACGAGGAUCUGGCUUCAGACCUCGCGGCCGCGAAGGAGGCCAGUACCUCCUUCAGCACAGUACUAAAGAAGAAGCGCGUCCACCGGCGCAGGAAGCACCGCAAGGACGACGGCGGCGGCGGAAACGCAAAGGAGAGCUCCAAGGAAGGCUCAUCAUCGUCAUCGUCGCGACACCACGGGAGCCAGAACCACAGCCGUCACCGCAAACACAAGCACCACCACAGGGAACAACAACAACCCCCGGUACCGAAAGAAGACGACGACGUCUUCCGCCCGUCGACGCCCGUGCCCGUCAUCACGGCACCGAUCCAGGACAUGUCCCCGCACCCUGUCCUGCUCCAGCCGGCCGUGUACGACCCGAACGCUAGCCGGCUUUCGGACCCCAACGACGGCAUCUCUUCGGUGCAACGGAACAUUGAACAGGAGGAGGCGCACCGCAUGCUGGCCGAAGACGCAGCGAUGCGGGUCAGCGCGCUCCGCAAAGCCAAGGCGGCGGUGCUGAUGAAGCUCUCGAGGGAAUUCAACAACCGCAGGGGCACGCCGGCGCCGACGCCGGUGGCGGGCAAGGACAGCUGCGGGCUGCAGAUGCGGUUGAGGGAAGGGCUCUUUGGGAAGAGCUUUGUGAGCGUGUUGCCAGACGACCGGUCCUUGUCGAGCCAGUCGGCGCUGGUGCCGCUAAUGUUUACGAGAUCAUGA